CGACGAAGUGUACAUCAAAAAUGUAUAGGCGGGUAUUAGUCGCUGAGGUGCGCUCGUUCGUUGAGCGGUGUAUGGCAUCAGUGGGAACAGAUCCAAAGCACAGUGCUGCUCUUUCUCAAGUACUCACAGAGGCCGAUGCCAGGGGACACUUCACUCACGGGUUAAACAGAUUAGAAAUCUACGUUCGUGACAUUACGAAUGGCGUCACGCAAGCGAAGGGUGAACCAAGAAUUGAAAAGGACUUUGCAGCUACCGCACUGGUUGAUGGAAACAAUCUUCUUGGUCCGGUUGUUGGUAACUUUUGCAUGGAUUUAGCCAUAAAGAAAGCUAAAGAAUACGGAAUUGGCUGGAUUGCAUGUAAAGGCUCAACACAUUUUGGUAUCGCAGCGUGGUACAGCGGUCAAGCUCUACAACAUGGAAUGAUAGGUAUGAGCAUGACAAACGGUUCCCCUGUGGUGGUACCAACGAGGGCAGCUAAGCCAUCCAUUGGAACAAACCCGUUCUCAGUUGCCGCCCCGGGGAGGGACGGGGACAGUUUUCUCCUGGACAUGGCCACGUCAGCAGCGGCAUAUGGCAAGCUUGAGAUUUGUCGUAUAAAAGGAACUAAAAUGCCACAGGGUUGGGGUGUCGACUCAAGAGGAUUGGAAACUGUUGAUCCUGUGGAGGCUAUAAAAGAAGGUGGAUUAUUACCUCUGGGAGGAAAGGAAAUUACAGGUGGUUAUAAAGGUUUUGGAUUAGCCAUGAUGGUCGAUAUGUUCUGUGGGAUUUUAUCGGGAUCUGAAUUUGGGACAAACAUCAAACGCUGGCAAGGAGAAGAGAAACGAGUGCAAAAUUUGGGUCAAUGUUUUGUGGCAAUAAAUCCUGAGGUUUAUGCCGACGGAUUUGAGGAUCGAAUGCAAUCUUUGAUGGAUCAGUACAGAAAUUUAGAACCGGCUGAAGGUGAGACCGCGGUACUUGUUGCUGGCGAUCCUGAAAGAGAACACAUGCGUAAAGUUCGUCGAGACGGUGCCAUCCAUUAUCACGUUAACCUAUUGCAAUAUAUGGAUCAAAUUGCUGAUCGGUUAGGAGUGGAACAUUUACCAACGUUGUAGAGACCUUACUUGGUGCAAGUUCACGCGCAGAACGAAAGAAAAUAAGACAUCUCCAGCGAAAAGUAGAAUCUGGAGAUUUGGAACAAGUUAGCAUUGAGAAUGGGACCAACACUAAACUCAGAAAAAUGUUCUCCAAGGUAGCGAAAAACUGUCGUGCUAUCAGUGGGUAUUAAAACAGUGAGCCGCUA